UCAAUUCAACGCGGUAUAAGUCGUUCCGAUUUCCUGUGUUGCGAAACCCCCAAAUUCUCUCUCUCGCAUACGCCGCACCGUAGCGAACAAUUGAAUUCACGAGGAAAUCUCGGUAAUACUAUGGCGACCAACGAACCCGAGCACGAGCACAGAGACGAGGAAGAGGCCGGAGCUAACGAGGAUGAGGACACCGGAGCUCAGGUCGCUCCGAUCGUUAGGCUUGAGGAGGUUGCCGUCACUACCGGCGAGGAAGACGAAGACGCCGUCCUCGAUCUGAAAUCGAAGCUGUAUCGGUUCGAUAAGGAUGCGAAUCAGUGGAAAGAGAGAGGAGCUGGUACUGUGAAGCUCUUAAAGCAUAAGAACACUGGGAAGAUUCGUCUUGUUAUGAGGCAAUCGAAAACUUUGAAGAUCUGUGCUAAUCACUUCGUUAAAUCGGGCAUGAGUGUUCAGGAGCACGUUGGGAAUGAGAAGUCAUGUGUGUGGCACGCUCGUGACUUUGCUGAUGGUGAACUCAAGGAUGAGCUUUUCUGUAUCCGAUUUGCUUCUAUUGAGAAUUGCAAAACAUUUAUGCAAAAGUUCAAGGAAGUUGCUGACUCUGAAGAAGAGAAAGAAGAGAGCAAAGAUGCCUCUGACACUGCUGGUCUUCUUGAGAAAUUGACUGUGGAAGAAACAAAAACAGAGGAGAAAACCGAAGCAAAAGCUGUGGAGACGGUGAAGACUGAAGUGAAAGCAGAAGAAAAGAAAGAGAGCGAGGCAGAGAAAUCUGGUGAAGAAAAGAAAAUUGAAGAAACUGGUCCCUCAACUUAAGAAGCAUCAACAUUUACGCUGCCAAAUCCUGGCAAGGUAAUUUAGCCUCAAAAUGUUUUGAUGCAUCGAGAGUCUACCAUUGUCUUGGCACAAUCUAUCUAUACAUGUUUUGUCGAGUCAUAUCAAGUGGUUGGGGGAUCGCUUGGGGUCGGGUUUUGCUGAAUGCUGAGUCGUUAUGGGUCUAUAGUUUUUGAGUCUAAAGCGUCGGGUGAUAUGAGAGAUUCGGGAGAAAAUAUUUUUUCAAGUUGGUCAUCUGAAAGAGUACAUUGGUUUCAUUGUUUUAAAUUUUCUCAUGGAUCCUUUUUGGAUGGUCUUAUUUUGAGGAUACAGAUGUGUUUGUCCAUGGACAAGAAUCAGAAGUCUCCAUUUUUUGUCUUUUGAAAAUCCAAUGCAUGUGAUUUUUUUAAUCUUCAAGGUCAUUGCCAAUCUACUUGUGUAAGUCGAUGCUAGUCUUGAUGAAGAUAUUAAACAAUAUUCAGAGAAUAUAAAUUCUUCAGUGUUA